AUGACUGAUAUUAUACCGUGUACUACACUUCAUGAGCUUGCAUCAAAGACAUUUUCUCGCACACCAAAUGGCGUUAUCUUCACAGAUGACAUCAAGAUGAUUUAUUCAACUUUCUUAAUAUGCCUUAAGUUGAAGGAAGAGAGUCCGGAGCUCAAGAGAUGGUAUUCUCCGUUUGGCAAAAGUCAUCAUGCUUUUUCCUUUUCCAUGGAGGAAGGUGUUGAGAGGAUGGGAAAUCUAAAACUUUCAGUCGAUAUGACCACUACUUCCAUUGAAAUCUGCUAUAAUAUCCAGCCAGAGUUGGCUUACCAUUUGAUUAGAACGUUUAUGGAAGCUAAGCUUCUACAUACCCCUGCGGAUAGGACUCGCAGCAUGCCAAAAAACAAAUCGAUCUUACAACCUACUCCGAAAGGUGUUGGUAUACUUCAAAAAUAUGUCAGAAGGAUUGGUUUGAAAAGUUUACCACCUAUCUUGCUUUCGGACUUCAAUUCAAUGGAGAUCUUCACCUUCGAAAGAAGUCCUGUGACAGAUUCCAUAAUUUACAGCAAUCGCUUAAUAUGCAUACUGCUAAACAAGAUGAUGGGCUCUGGUCCUAACGUCUGGUCUCCAGAAAAAAGUCCAGAUAAAAUCCCUUCACUCUCUAAGCUUUUGGAAUAUAAUAGUGAUAUCUUCAGUUUUGAAACUGUCGACUACAAAGCAUUUGGCGGGUUUGAAAGGGAACUUGAAGGCCAUCAACACACUUCAUGGUUUGACCAGCUUUCCACGGAGAGAUUGCAUGAUGAGAAUAGAACUUCACCGUUGGCUCAUAGGUUUUUCACCAAUCCUGACUCAGAUUCUCAUGUACAAUACUACUCUACUGAUUGCGGAUUAAGAAUAAGUAAAUCGAAAAUCUUUGGCAGUCCUAAAGUUCUCUUUGAUUAUUGCUUUACAACAAAAGCUAUUUGGCAAUGGGUAAUGGAUUGUACUGACAUCAUGUACCCAAAAGAGGCCGUAUCUGCGGCUGCCCUAUUCCUGAAAGCAGGUCUGGUUGUCCCGAUUCUCUUUCCACCUUCUGAGAACCUCAAUCGUAAAUUUUGCAUUAGCAGAACGUCAUACUACACUUUGAGCAGGCGGGCGUGGGAUGUUGUACAAUGGAACACAGAGAAAGGCAUAAGGAGAUCGAUAUGCAACUUUUCAAAUUUAUUGUCUGACGAUCCAAACAAGCAUAACAGUGACGCCACCUCGAUAAAUUAUAAGGGAGAAAUGGUUAUGACAGAACGUCCAGGUAGUUCACUGUCAGAUUCAGAUCGGACCACCGUUCAAAUCAGAUCUCAGGUCAAAGACAUCGAUGAAAUUCUUCGUGACCCCGGUAUGAAGUAUCUCUUCAGGCAACAUUUAGAGAAUGAGUUUUGCGCAGAGAAUUUAGAUGCUUUCGUUGACAUAAGGAAGUUCUUAAAGAAAAUGAGUCUCUUGAAGAACCUAAUAGAGUCAAAGCAUGCGAGCGACUUUAAGACCAAAAAGACGAGACCAAGAUGUUCGGACAGUAAUAUCCAAGCCGCCAUAGAGUCUGCUUUAGUCAGACAGGCGAAUGAAUGCCUUGAGCUGGGAUAUCAUAUUUAUUCCUCUUACAUUGUGGUUAAUGCACCAUAUCAGUUAAAUAUUGAUCACAACCUGCGCGAGUCUAUCAAUAGGGUUAUGCUGCACGCAUCAACACCAUCGGCAAUAGAGAGUAAACUGGGCAAUGAGCUACUGAAAACUUGCAGCUCAAUUGAGCUCUCAGCGACGUCCGCUCAGUUGAGUAACUCAUUGAGUAUUUGUAGGUACAGCUAUCUUAACCAGUCCGAGAUGAAUUUUCAAAGUGGCGUACAUACUCCAAAAGUUGUCAAGUCGACUACAUCGAUACAAGCGAAUGAAGAGAAGAAAAGACGGUCGACAUUAGCUCUUAAGGCUAAAAAUUUGCUCACAAUGAAAGAAAAUAAACUCCAAAAGACUUUCAAAAUACUUAAAACCCUGUAUCCUCUGUUGGAAAAUGUUAAUCAAGAUCUGCACCGCUUAAUGCGAAAGGACUCGCUGCAAAAGUUUGUAACGUCGGACCUGUACCAAGAUGCUGUGACGUUCUUGGAGGUGUCAUAA